GCAGAGAGAAGCUAGUCAUGAUUUUUCAUCCGACUGGUUAUUUAGACAUGUGAUUUGAAUUGCUGUGUUUGCUCUGCAACCAGCCCGUCUGCCUUCAGAGGAAGCGCUGCCGUCAGGCUACUUAGCCGCCACCACCCCCAGAAGCAGCCAUCAGCUAAUGAUGCCUAGCACAGCUGCUCAGAAGAAGCUGGAUCUGUCCAAACUCACAGAUGAAGAGGCCCAGCACGUGUGGAAGGUGGUCCAAAGAGAUUUUGAUCUGAGGAAGAAAGAGGAAGACAGACUUGGAGAGCUGAAGACCAAAAUUGAGAAGGAAGAUAUCAAGAAAGAGUUGUUGGGGAAUCAGACCAGCCUAACUGCGUCUCAUUGCAUUGGCUGUCUCCAGGCCUUCAAGUUCUUGGUCAACAUCAAACGUCAGUGUUUAGACUGCCAGCUUUACAUCUGCAAGUCCUGCAGCCACUACAGCAAAAAGGAGCUUGGCUGGGUGUGUGAUCCCUGCCAUAUGACUAGGGUCCUAAAGGUGGGUACUUUGGAGUGGUACCAUGACAACGUCCGCGCCCGUUUCAAGCGCUUUGGUAGUGCCAAAGUACUGCGAUCACUCUUCAAAAGGUUAAGUGGAGAACACCUCAGUGAUGAUCAUGACUUUGACAUCCAGAGCAUGCCUGAAGUCCACACAGAUGGGUAUGAAGAGCACUUCAUGGACACAGCAGACUCACAACAAUACAAAGCGAUGAAAAAGACCAAAAGACGGUUAACUGUUGAUCCCUAUGAUGUCAUACUGGGAUGUGAAAACUCCAGCAACUCAAGAGGACAGACGGAUCAGGACCAAGGCGACUGUGACCUCAUGGAUGUGGACACAGGCACAAUGGAGUCAGGGAUUGCCGAAUCUGACAUGGCCGCCGCUUUUCACCAGAUUGAAGUGCAGCACAAAGAUGUGGAUGUAGAGAAGUCUUCACAACAUGAUGACUAUGUGUACACAGAAAAUCGGGCCACCUCAUCUCGCUCCAUCUCUCGGCUCAGCUACUCCUCAUGCGGCAGUGCUGUGGGCCCCCGAGAUUGCAACAGCUACCUACCAGGCCUUGAUGACUCUGAGGGAGAGGACUCCUGCCAGCAGUACCCUAUCUACCAGUCCCAUCCAGGCCCCUGCAGCCACACUUCCCUGGAGAGCCUGAACUCAGCCAUUGCUCCGCCUCAGAUCAGUGACCUGAAUAGACGAAUGUCAGCCAUCGAGAACCUCCUUAACCGCUUAGAGCAGAAGGUCACUUCAGCUAAAAGACAGGCUCCAACUCUACACACUACAUAUUCUCCUCCACAGUGGGAGGAAGUGGACAUGGAAGAGCUGCAGCUCAGAGAACAGCUUCACAGGAUGACAGACAACAUCAGUGACCAUAGCCUCACUUCUGAUGACGAUGCAGACCACAGGCCACAGUCUUGCCAAGACAUCCCAGAAUGGAGGGGCCCCCAGGAGGACCCUGGACCCUUCAGAAUACCUACCAGGCCCACAUCCAGAGACAGCAAUGUCAGCUCCAGAGUUGGAGAGAUCUAUAAUUCAUCAGAAAGUUUGGAGAGGAAGGAUCUCCCCCUGCAGCAGACGUUGAUGGCCGGUUUCAAAGGCUCAACGGCUUUACUGGUGGAGCUGGAAGACAAAGUGGCUCAGGCAGCUGCCAGUGUACAGAGUGCUCAGAGUGAGGUGACUUACAUCGAAAACAGGAUUGCUGCCCUGAACGCUGCUGGUAAUUCUGUGGAUAAAAGGAAAAAGUCAGCCAUCCCGAUCCAAACAAGAAGACUCUCCCACAACUUUCCCACGAGUAACAGCUGGCACUACUUUCCCUAAACAUGGGCCCCAGGGUUUCCCUAAACAUCUUAACCUUGUUAAGACCCAGACAACAUCAUGAUCCACUUGUGAAAGAGUGAACAGUGUUCUAUUGUACUCUGUACUUUAUUUUCCUCUUCGGGAGCCCAAACUCAGAUUUUCUUCAUGAAGAAUCACUACGGGCAAUUUUGACUUACUGCUACAACCACUAUUACUAAACAAUUGGUUUUCCUCAGCUUCGAUUUAUAUGUGGAAUAAAUACAAUACCUUCAGUUAAUCCAAGAAAUGUUUGCUUCACCAAGAAACUUAGAGCUGCAGCAAAAUAUUUCAGACAUCAUUACCAACUUUUCACACUGUCUGUCCAGACAGAGACUAAAGACAGUGUCUAAGGCCACGUUUCCACAUAUCCGGGUAUUUACAAAAACGCAUAUUUCCCCCUCUACAUUUUGAAAAAUACCAUCAUUUCCAGGAACUUGCAUAAAUAUCUGUUAAGGUGCUAUAAGCAGCCAAACCUACAGGGGGCAGUGUAACGAGAAGAUAAAGUCAUGCUAGCCAAUCAGAAUCCUGGAAAAAAACAUCAACAAAUGACACGAGUAACUUCCAGUUACUUCCAAGAUGAACCAGAGUCUUUCGUUUGGAGUGACAGAGAAGUGGAGUUACUUUUAAGUGUGACUUUAGAAUAUAAAACAGGUAAAAUACAAGAAAAUAUUGACAGUGGCCAAACAAAUUGUAACCACAGGUGUCACUCAUGACGCUGGUGACGUUUCUGUCUCAUAACGUGACGUUCUGAAGAAUAAAUGUCCGUUUCCCUCCGUUUACAAGCAAACGUGAAGACGGAGUUUUUGCAAAUCUCCACUUUGGCCAGAGUUUUCAGAAAUAAAUGUUUUUGGUGACUUUGAGCUUCGUUUUCGUGUAAACGAACGGCCAAAACGCAUGAAAACACCAGCGUUUUUGCUGCGUGGAAACAGGGCCUAAGAGUGAAGGAGGAGGCAUUGCCAGUUUGUUCAUUACAAACUGGAAUUUAUCAGAUAAAUAUAACUUCAACCGUCUCUUCAUAUUCUAAUCAUACAUCCAAGUCUUUGUAGCAGAAUGUUGUGAAUUGUUUUAAAAGCAGUCUGAGAUCUAACAGAACAUGUACACAACCCACUGCCUGAGGUUAUGAGAAGAUUGUUGGAUCAUAUGGCUCAAUACUACAGACAAAAUGUUUUCGUCAGCUUUGAUUCAUUUGAGAGAUCAAUAAUCAUCUCUUACAGGUUGUUUUUUUGUCUUUCCCUUGUUGAUGUAUUAACUCUCACAGUUAUGGUCAGGUUUCAGUUUUUGUAUUUUUACUUUGGCCAUUUGCAUGAUCACUUGACAUCUUGUGACUCUGGACACUCGUGGCUGCAGUUGCAUUGUAAUAGCCUGCCAUGUCGUUUUUCUUAACUAUUUUGUGUCUUUUGUAGGACUUGCUUUCUUCUUGUUUUCUGCUAUGCUAUUGAUUAUUUAUACCAAGAAAUGUUAUUGUAUAUUGAACAAAGAUCUAAAGGAGAGAGGCAGCAAAGUUCCACUGUGGGUCUUCGCUCUCAGGUUAUGUCCACAGUCAGACCUAGAAAAACAUGGGAAAUACAAACUAAAAGCAUAUAGACAUAGGCAACAUUAGAAUUUAAAAACAAUUCAUUUUUUAAUGUCUAAAAGAGCAUUCCUUGUUUUAUGUUGACUAAAAGUUGACUCAGAGUUACCUAUCAAACCUAAAUGUGAGGAUGAGUGUCAGUUGUUUUUUCUUUACAUUGCAAAAAAAAAGCUUGGACUCGGGCGAGAAAACAGGUUCAGGAAUGCUCAGAAAAAAACAUUUCAGUCAGACAACUCUUGCAGUAAUUUCAAAACACUUUAUUGUAACACAUAUUUGGCUUUGGUGUUUAGGCUCCAUUCAAGCAAAGUUUUAUCAGGCUUACACAUAAAUACAGGGGUAUAGGACUACCCCCCCUUUUGAACCCACAUGUGGAAGCCGGGGUGGAGGUGGGAUUGACAGGAAACUAGGUUGAGACAACCCAAGGUAUCUAAGAAUGCAUACUUCAUGCUCCUUAAAUAAGUCAAGGAACAAAUUGAGUAAUUGGAACGAACCAUUCAGACGGGCGAAUAAGCAGCUGCACGCACUGCAGAGAUGACCUGCCUGAAAUAACUCCCAGGGUCGUAUCAUUGUGGAACAUUCCACAGGUGGACAGGUUAACUGCAAACAUGCCAAGCAUAUUCUGAAUGUGUUACAACAGCGUGGCUUCAUAUUAAAAGGGUGCUAUACUGGUCUGCCUGCAGUCCACACCUGUCUCCUAUGACCAAUGUAUGCCACAUUAUGAAAAACAAAAGAUGAUAAAAAAGAUCCUGGACUGUUUUGACAACUGAAGUUGAACAUUAAGCAAGAAGGGGAAAGAAUUCCACCCAAAAAGUUUCAUCAAUUAGUGUCCUCAGUUCCUUAAAACCUACAGAGUAUUGUUAAAAGGAAAGGUGAUGUAACAUAGUAAAUAUUGUUCAAGCUUUUUUUUGGAACGUGUUGCAGGCGUCAAAUUCAA